AUGAUGUUGAAAAGAAAUAAAGCAAAUGUUAUAAAUAAUACUGAAGUAGCUGAAGUUAAACAAACUCCAACACAUUCGCCAAAACCAACGCCUUCACAAGCAAAACCUUCAAUAACUCCUGAACCUAUGGAAGUACAAACUCCUGUUCAAAAGUCAACUCCUAAACCGACUCCAACAUUUAAACCAGAACCCACGCCUCAAAUAAAUCGUAAAACUCCUGCGUUUCCUUACUGA